UCUUGAAUGCAGACGUGCAUUUAUUCAUAGCGCGUCGAAAUAUCGGACUACUAACGUAUACAUUGAAGCAUUUUGUACAAAAGAAAUAAUUUACUUACUUCAUAAACAGAAUUUUCAAGGGAACGGCCGCUGUUUUCCGCUCUGGUCCGCAAUGUUACAUCUGUCAUUGCAUGUAAUUGGCAUCUCUGAGUCAUCUCUUAUCGCUUCCUUAAUUAUACCAUGCUAGACGCGCACGCAUUUUUUUACAUAAUACGAUACAAAUCUCGUAUGAGAUAGAACCUGUACGAAAGGCUCAUUGCUUUGCGUUCCAUCAUCUGCGGACGGCGGAACGCGGAAAUCAACACACCGAAUAUAGAAAAUCGAAACAAUUAAUCAUGUUUGUGUAUAACAACCAAUCGACUCGCUCCGGAUUACUCAUUUAAAAGUGAUCCACAUCUAUCAGGCAAAUAGUACGUGUUCAACAUUUCUACAGAGAACUGUCUUAAAGGACUCGCGGAUGUAAACAUGCGUCUCUUGUCGCUAUUUUUUUCUGUAAUAGUUGCAAGAGUGAUUGGUAUUCCUACUCGUAAAUUGGCUGACUGCAAUGUGUGUAAGAGUGAUGCAUGUCGCGAAAUCGGAGAGGCAAUUCGACGUGGUAUCGACGGUUCUUCCGAUCCUUGUAUUAAUUUCUAUAAUUAUGGAUGCGGUUCGUGGCCGGCGCACGAUCCUAUACCACCCAGUGAAUUACAAUGGUCCACGGAUGACAAAUAUUCUCUGAGAAUUAGUCGUCGCGCAAAAGGGUUGCUUGAGGGUAAAAGCAAAUAUGACGAUCUACCGUUUAUAAAGAAACUCAAGCAAUAUUAUCGUUCAUGCAUGGACGAGGACGCGAUCGAGAGGCAAGGACUCACACCUAUAAUGACACUGAUAGAUGCGAACGGAGGGUGGCCAAUUAUAAUGGGAAAAGCGAGCACGGGCUUGAAAAAUUUUACCUGGCAAGAAAUUGACAAUACUUACAAUCAGCUAUUUGCCGGUAGCAGUUUCUUUAAUAUUAAGUAUGAAACUAACGAAGAGGACGCGACCCGCCAUAUACUAACGAUAUCAAUAGAUAACUCUGUUUUGAGUGGACUUUUAUGGGACGAACUUGAGGAGGAAGAUGAAUCCUCAUUGGACCCGAACCUUUAUCUAGAUACAAUGAUAUAUAUAAUAAAAGCUUUUGCGAAACACAAGAAAGUUAAAAUAGAUUCGAUAAGUAUGAGUGAAGAAAUAAAAAAAUUAUAUACCUUUGAAGCUAAUUUUGAAAACAUUACUGAACUCUCAGAGCAAGAAGUUUUAAAGGGACUGGAUAUGAAUGAAACUAAAAUGACGAUUUCAGAAUUACAAGAAUAUUACGAUCUUGCAAAACCACAGAAUCUAACCGCGAAGAUAAAUUGGCUGCAAACAAUACAGUUUAUUUUCAAAAAUGUUAACGUGAGUAUUAACUCUUCAGAACCUGUGAUUGUAUACAAUAAAGAGCUUCUGCACAAAUUGGCACAUUUGUUAGACGACACAUCACCACGUGUACUUGUGAAUUUCAUACAAUGGAACUUAGUGAAUGCAUUUAUACCAUUCCUGAAUAAAAACAUGAGAGACAUUGAUUUUGAAUUAAAAUAUAAAGCAUACAACGUGACCGAGCAAGAACCGCGGUGGAAAACAUGCAUUGACUAUAUAACAUUGUCAGACGCCUUAUCGUAUCUCUAUAUCAAGAGAUACAAUGUGACUAAUAAUAUAAAAGCUGCGAUUAAAAUGAUGGAAGAAAUAAAAACGGAAAUGAAAGAGCAUAUAUUACAUUCAGAAUGGGCUGAUAAUAGUACGAAGAAAUUUAUAAUAGCUAAAUUGGAUAAUUUGAUACUACAAGUUGGUUAUCCCGAAUGGUAUAAUAAUCAGACUGCACUCAAUGAACGUUACGAAGGGUUGCUGGUGGGAGAGAAUUAUUUCAAAAACGCUUUGUCCAUGUUAAUAUACGAAAAGGAAAGAUUUUUCAAGAAAUUUCGGGAACCCGUCGACAGAUACGAAUGGACAAAUCACCCACUAAUUAAGAAUCCCUUUUAUGAUUAUACGAACAACCGAAUAAGUAUACCAGUUGCUGAGAUUCUGUAUCCGUAUUUUACCCUUGGUAUGCCACUUGCAGUUAAUUAUGGCGCUAUCGGUAUGGUUUUUGGACAUGAGAUUGCACACAGUUUCGAUAGUGAUGGAAUGCAGUACGACAAGUUUGGUAAUAAACAUUCAUGGCAUAAUGAGAAAACUACUGAGGCUUUCGACAAAAAAGUAAAAUGUUUCGUAGAUCAAUAUAACAAUUUUAUAUUAAAUACGACAGACGAGGAUGAAGAACCUAUACAAAUAAACGGUCUACUUACGAAGGACGAAAAUAUCGCUGACAACGUUGGCCUCGCAGUUGCUUUCGCAGCAUUCCAAAAACGCUUGGUAACUGCGGAACUACAAUUGAAAUUGCCAGGAUUGAAGAACGUCACCGACGAACAACUUUUCUUCUUAUCCUUCGUAAAUUCAUGGUGCACAGCUUCAAGAGACGUAUACGAGAAAUACUAUGUUAAUACCGACUCUCACACACUUCCAAAGUUUCGUACAAUCGGUUCUGUAGCUAAUAUGGCAUCUUUCUCUAAUGUAUUUAACUGUCCAGUGAACAGUCCAAUGAAUCGUAAAUCCAAGUGCAGCCUAUAAAAAUAGGCUGAAAUAUUUAAGAAGUUUUACUAAAUGAGUUAAAUUAGAUAUUAAUAUUAACAAUAUAAUAAAUUCGUAAAGCUUUAAAGAAAUAUAAAAUUUCGAAACUACUAACUUUCAGGUGAAUGAGUGAGAAAACAUCAAAGAAAUAAUAUUAUAUAAGAUAGCUUUAUCAAUAUCAUUUAUAAAUGGAAUGUUAUAAGAAGGAAAAUAAAGUAAUUUUAAGAACGAAUUAAUUAUACAACAAGUAUAAAAUUAUAUGU